AUGCUGAGCCAAGUGAAUACGAACUUACAGAGUGGGAACGUAGAAUCAUCACUUUGGCAUCGUAAGGUUUGCGUUUCUGUAUGUUCACUAAACCAAUGGGCGUUGGACUUUGAGGGUAACCGUAAAAGAAUAUUAAAAAGCAUUGAAGAAGCACACAAGCAAGGCGCAAAAAUACGCGUAGGAUUAGAACUUGAGAUACCCGGAUAUGGGUGUCAGGAUCAUUUUCAUGAGAUGGAUACAGAAUAUCACUCGUGGGAGGUUUUAGACUCUUUGUUGGCAGAGACAACAAAGUAUCGCGAUAUGAUUAUUGUUACUGGAAUGCCGGUCCGAUUCAACACAGAACUUUACAACUGUAACGUGGUUUUUCAAAACGGGAAGAUUCUUCUGAUUCGUCCAAAAAUGAAAUUCUGCGACGACGACGUUUAUCGGGAAAGUCGUUAUUUUGUAAGAUGGCAAAAUCCUAAACAGCUUGUAGAAUAUCGAAGUCCACUCUGCGAAGAAAAGGUUGGAUUUGGAGAUGCAGUCUUGCGAACUUCAGACGGUGUUCUCAUCGGUUUCGAAAUGUGUGAGGAAUUGUGGACGACAAAGUCUCCACACGUUGAUCUUGCUUUACAUGGAGUAGACAUUGUUUGUAAUAGUUCGGCUAGCCAUCAUGUUGUCGGCAAGUCUGCUCAUCGCAUAAACCAUCUUGUUCUUGCUACCACAUCAAAGGUUGGUGGAAUUUAUUUAUAUUCAAAUCAUCGGGGUUGCGACGGAGACCGUGUUUAUUACGAUGGUAUGUCUUCCAUUGCUCAAAACGGGAAGCUGUAUGCUCAGAUACCUCAGUUUGGUCUGGAAGAAGUGGCUGUAGCCACUGCUAUACUGGAUCUUCAGGAAAACUAUAAUUUUCGCUACAAAAUUUAUUCUUCAAUGACAGACGCCGCUUCUACGCCAAAAUACCCUGAAAUUUAUAUUCCACAUCCCUUCUUGGUCAGGGGCGAACGAUGCUUACCAUCACCUGAGGUUCAACCUUCUAUUCUUAGCAAGGAGGAAGAAUUAUUGAGUGGUCCUCCGGCAUUUCUUUGGAACUACCUUCGUCGCUCAGGAAUGCGAGGUUUCUUCCUUCCGCUCUCGGGCGGUGCUGACAGCGCAUCAGUGGCCGUAAUGGUUCGAGCUAUGUGUGAAAAAGUUUUUGAUUCUUAUAGUAAAGCCAUUAAGUCUGAAGAUUUUAAUUGUGACGACUACAAGAUUGGCGGCGAACUAAUUGAAGUUUCAUCUGCUGACGAGUUAUGCAAAAAAGUUCCUACAGAAAUAGACUUUGCGGUUGAUGCGUUUACUGGGAUGGUCUCAAAGGCUUUUGAUGCUGACGAUUUCUCGGCGAAUAUACCGUGGGACGAACCUCGAGUCUCACUAGGUAUGCAAAAUGUUCAAGCGCGUGUACGUAUGGUAACAGCAUAUUUAUUUGCUCAGCUGGCAUGUUACUUUGGUAAGAAGUCUGGUUCUCUGCUUGUGCUCGGCUCGAGCAAUGUUGAUGAGUCACUCGUUGGAUAUGUUACAAAAUAUGACUGCUCUGCUGCAGAUUUGAAUCCUAUUGGCUCUGUACUAAAACGAGAUCUUAGAUCGGUUUUAAGAUAUGCAAGAGAUACUAUGGGACUUUCUUCGCUCUCACAGAUAAUCGAUGCAGAGCCUACAGCAGAAUUAUUGCCAACAGUUGCGGGCGAAACAGUUCAGCUUGACGAGGAGGAAAUUGGUUUGACCUACGACGAGAUUUCUGAAAUAGGUCACUUGAGAAAGCCUGGGUGUCUUGGGCCAUAUGGGAUCUUCUUGCAGCUUUUGCCGAGAUGGGCAGAUGUGCCUAUUGAAACUGUUCCUUAUCACGCAGAAAGGUACAGCUGUGAUGAUCACAGGAAUGAUCAUCGGCCAUUUUUAUAUAACACAUCUUUUACAUGGCAGUUUGACAAAAUUGACCAAUUUGUAAGACAGCAUGGCGAAAGGAGAUGA